UUGUUUAGGGAAGCAGAAGAAGCUCUGUUUGACAUUUUCGAAAGGGAAGCCGAAAGCAGUGAUUAUUUGGAAGGUUUUCAGAUAUGCCACUCAAUAUCGGGCGGCACUGGCUCCGGAAUGGGGUCGCAUGCACUCGAGAAAAUCUCUGAUCGAUUUCCAAAGAAAUUAGUACAUACAUACUCAGUUUUUCCGGCGAUGCAGAAGGAAGCAAGCGAUGUUAUUGUGCAGCCGUAUAAUUCAAUUUUGACAGUUGCGCGACUCAUCGAGCAUCCGAAUUCCGUGGUGGUUCUGGAUAACGCAGCACUGCAUCGCAUUUCCAGUGAAAAUGCACCAUCGAAAAGCACAUCAUCAUUUGAUCACAUAAAUUCCAUGGUAUCACGUAUUAUGUGUGCAGCAACAGCAACACUGCGAUUUCCCGGUCCGAUGUACACUCGGCUGAUCCAUUUAAUUACCGCACUGGUCGCAUUCCCACCGAUGCGUUUCAUCCAGACAGGUUUAUCACCACUUCGAGAGGGUGAAGCGGCCGUUCUGAAAACUUCGGUGAAUGAUACGCUUCGGCGUCUGUUGCAAUCAAGAAGUUUGAUGAGCAGUGCUGGGAUGGAAAAAGGAGUUGACCAUUGCUUGUUGUCCGGUUUAGCGCUACUUCAGGGAGAAAUUGAUCCAAAAGAAAUCUUUGCUGCCAUUGUAAAGCUUAAGGAAAGACAGGAUGUCAAGUUAGUGCUUUUUUUCCCAUUUUACAUCCAUUUAGAAGCAGGCUGUUGA